AUGGUUUUGCUGCUAAGCAUUGCAUGUGUGGGGGUGGCUAUUGGAGAGACUUCUGGCCCUGUGGUAGGUACUCACCAUUCUUCGGGGCAUAAUGGUGAAACAGGCCCUCAAGGUCCCCCUGGUCCUCCUGCUGCGCUUCCUCGUUCUCCUGGUCCUUGUCCUAAUGCUGCUGAUGGUGCUAGUAGUGCUCGUUGUCCUUCUGACAGUGCUACGCCUUCUUGUCUUCCCACCACUGGUUCUGCUGGUACUAUAACUGAAUGCACUCCAACUUCACCAAAGGAACCAGCUCCAACUUCACCAAAAGAACCAGCUCGCAUGGGAGACGUUGAUGAAGCUUCUGCUAGUGAACGUCCUGUUUCUGAUACUGAUGCACGAAAUAAAGAUAAUACUGAAGCCGCUCCAACUCUUGCGAAAGACAAACAAGAAGAUCUGGAUAUUAAAGCUGAAAAACGGCCUGAUGCUGUUCCUUCUCUUGCUACUUCUCUACCUGCUGCUAAACCUGAUACGUCUACUGCUGAAGGGGAUGGUGAUGUGAAUGCAACUAACGGUCAACCUGAAAGCAACAGCAACACUGCAGAAGGAAAUGUCACCCCAGAAACCUCUUCUCCCAACAGUUCAAACACAGUGAGUACCAUUAAUUCUGAUACUGCGAAUACUGAAAAUGGGACUUCGCCUGCAGAGAAUGAAUCAACAAGUACCCAAGAAGGUGUUGCAGAUAAUACAGAUUCCACCACCACCACCACAACAACACCAACACUUCCCCCUGAGACUGCAAACAACAAGAAGGGUGAUGCAGACAGCAGCAGCAGU